AUGGCUGCGGACCCAUUUGUUGGCAAAGUAACUUCUUUGGAUAUUUUUACCGCAGAGAAUGGGACAUCAGAGAAUGAGUUUGUUAUUAAAACUGGAGUCGAUGAUAUUAAUGAGCUUGGAAAGGUGGUGAAAUUCAAUGGCCAAAGUGUUCUCAAUGUAUGGAAAAGUGAAUAUGCGAACUAUAUUAAUGGCAGUGGUGACGGGAAUCACGUUGGGGGCUCACCAAGUUCUGCAGUUAAAUUACUACAUAGACAAUCCAAGUCUGAAAAGCUUACCAUAUCAAAAUAUGGCUGGAAACCUGUUCUUUCCGAUUAUGAGAAUUGUAAUGGUAAGCGUUAUUUAACUGUUUCAUAA